GUGACAUUUUAAGUCACGUGAUUUGUUGACAGGUGGUGCCGGUUGGAAAGCACCGGCUCUAAGAACAUGCUGCGAAUCGUUAGGCGGGCAGGGAGCCUCCUGCGGAGCCCUCACAUACAUGCAACAAAUCCGUGGAAUAGUGAAUUGCAGAGAUGUUUGGCCUCCGGCCUCCCUAUGAACACUCUGGUUCUCUUUGUACCCCAGCAGGAAGCUUGGGUAGUAGAGAGAAUGGGGAGAUUUCACCGUAUCCUGGAGCCUGGUUUGAACUUGCUCAUUCCAGUGUUGGAUCGAAUUCGCUAUGUGCAAAGCCUGAAGGAGAUUGUGAUUAAUGUUCCAGAGCAGUCUGCGGUAUCAUUGGACAAUGUGUCUUUACAGAUAGAUGGGGUGCUGUAUCUCCGGAUCAUGAAUCCCUACAAGGCAAGUUAUGGGGUGGAAGAUCCAGAAUACGCUGUGACUCAGCUUGCACAGACCACCAUGCGUUCUGAGCUGGGCAAGCUGACAUUGGAUAAGGUCUUCAGGGAAAGAGAGAACCUCAAUGCCGGCAUUGUGGAAGCUAUAAAUACAGCAGCCGAUGACUGGGGUAUUCGGUGUCUUCGAUAUGAGAUUAAAGAUAUUCAUGUCCCUGCCAAGGUUCGAGACGCCAUGCAAAUGCAGGUUGAAGCAGAGCGAAGGAAACGAGCCAUGGUCUUGGAGUCUGAAGGCACCAGGGAGUCUGCCAUUAAUGUGGCAGAAGGGCAGAAACAAUCCCAGAUCUUGGCCUCCGAGGGAGAAAAGGCUGAACAGAUAAACAGGGCUGCAGGUGAGGCCAGCGCUAUUCUUGCACGAGCAAAGGCGAGAGGGGAGGCGAUACGUGUUUUGGCAGAUGCUCUGACGCAGCAGAAUGGAAAUUCUGCCGCAUCUCUUACUGUAGCUGAACAGUACGUAGCUGCCUUUUCCAAGCUGGCUCAGGAGUCCAAUACUAUUCUUCUCCCAGCUAAUACAGGAGAUAUCCCCAGCAUGGUAACCCAGGCAAUGGGAAUUUAUGGCACUUUGACCAAAAACAUACCCCCAAAAAAUAAAGAACUUGGCCACGACAACACGAGGGAAACAGAUGACCUCCAUCAGAGCUAACCGAAAAAUCUUGUAAAAGCCCCCCAGUGGAUCAUCAGCUGGAAAACACAGACCAUUACCUCAAUAUUAAAUUUCCAGUUUCCAGAUUUUUUUUUUCUCUUUUGUAUCAUCAGCUGUUAAUUAUGUAAUAAACCUUGAAACCAAGCUUUAAUAUUAUUCUGUGGUGCAA